ACAGAAUUUUUAUAACCCUACUAACUAUGCCCGCCAUAGUAAAUUGCUGAAUCCGAAUGGAAAAAGGUUAGUUGGCAUGGGCAGUUUUGGCAGCAAAAAAGAUCGCUGUGUAAAUAUCUAGAUAAGAAUUGGCGCGCUUGCAUUUAUUCGCUAAUUUCGUUUUCGCUCGUCGGAGAAGAAGGAAAAAUUGGUAAGCAAAGCAAGCAAAAGGUAAAAAUGGAUGUAUUAGAUUCAGUAUUCGAUCCGUUGAGAGAUUUCUCGAAAGACAGCGUUCGUCUUGUUAAGAGAUGCCACAAACCUGAUCGUAAAGAAUUCUCGAAGGUAGCGACGCGAACAGCGAUAGGAUUUGUGGUUAUGGGAUUCGUUGGGUUUUUUGUGAAGCUGAUUUUUAUUCCGAUCAAUAACAUCAUCGUUGGAUCUGGUUGAGAUUUGUAGUUGCCUUGUCUCAUAUUUACUGUAAAAGCCAAGAUUCCUAAACGACACUAAUUCUUAAAUGCGAUUAACAUCCCUUCUACCGAUGAUGGGCCGGCACUUUUGGAGUCUGCCGCUAUGUAAUUAGCAUUUCAGCAGAACGGAAUGCCCAAGAUACUACCUCUGUUGAAUUUUGUUAGCAUUCUUGAGCAUUGCCUAACUGUCUUCUGGUGACAAUGACACCUGUUCCCUUGAACUUGAUACAUGAUAUCCAAUAAUAGCUAGAUUCUGGAGAUUGCUAGUAUUAUCAAUAAGCAUAUUUAUGCUCCUUUAGAGGGGAAAACAAUUCUACUUUCCUUUGGGUCUUGCACUGUCUAUUCAUGAAGGGUCUAGCUUUUAUGUCUCCUAGAUUGUUUUAUACAGCUACAUGCCAAGUUGUUUUAUUAGUUCAGUCAUGUUAAUAAAAAGAAUUUA